CGGCCCUGCCCGCAGCGAGGCCCAGCCUUACGCGGGCUCCGGAGCCGGCCCGCACCGGCCCAACUGUGCCCCGAAUCCGCCGUGUUUCCUGAGCCCCAGAGGAGUGAGGAGAGACCCAGGAUGUGGUGGUGCUCUAGUGGUGUGUUUGCCCCCACUCCCUGAAGGUAGCCUUUGGGGUCACAUGCCAGGUUCCCCCAGAUACACAUGGCCCCUUUCAUCUGAGUCUCGGACAACCAUCACGGCAACCAUAUGGGGUCCCGCCAGCCCGCCCUCCGGACCCCCGCCAGCCCUCCAGCCCCCGGGAUGGAGUGAGUCUAUGCACUCCCUCUGGGUAAGCGGAGGGGGCCUUCCCGCACUGGCGUCCAUGAGCAAGGUCGCGGACCCCCGCUUCCGCGCCCGCUGGAAGGUGAUCCUGCCGUCCGUCCUGGGUGCCGCCAUCCUCUGGCUGCUCUGCUCCCACCGCCCGGCCCCAGGCAGGCCCCCCGCACCCAGCGCCCACAACUGGAGGCUCAGCCAGGCAGCUGCUGACCGGUACAAUGACACCUACCCCCUGUCGGCCCCCCAGAGGACGCCGGGUGGGACCCGGUACCGAAUCGCACUCAUCGCCGACCUGGACACGGAGUCAAAGGCCCAGGAGGAAAAUACCUGGUUCAGCUACCUAAAGAAGGGCUAUCUGACCCUGUCCAGCAGUGGGGACAAGGUGACCGUGGAGUGGGACAAAGGCCACAGGGUCCUGGAGUCCCACCUGGCGGAAAAGGGGCGGGGCAUGGAGCUGUCCGACCUGAUCGUCUUCAACGGGAAGCUCUACUCCGUGGACGACCGGACAGGGGUUGUCUACCAGAUCGAAGGCGCCAAGGCCGUGCCCUGGGUGAUCCUGUGCGACGGCGACGGGACCGUGGGGAAAGGCUUCAAAGCCGAGUGGCUGGCCGUGAAGGACGAGCGCCUGUACGUGGGCGGCCUGGGCAAGGAGUGGACCACCACCACGGGGGAGGUGGUCAACGAGAACCCAGAGUGGGUGAAGGUGGUGGGCUUCCGGGGCAGCGUGGACCACGAGAACUGGGUGUCCAGCUACCACGCCCUUCGGACCGCUGCUGGGCUCCACCCGCCAGGCUACCUCAUCCACGAGUCCGCCUGCUGGAGCGACACGCUGCAGCGCUGGUUCUUCCUGCCGCGCCGGGCCAGCCGCGAGCGCUACAGCGAGAGGGACGACGAGCGCAGGGGCACCAACCUGCUGCUGAGCGCCAGCCCCGACUUCAGGGACAUCUCCGUCAGCCGCGUCGGGGACGUGGUCCCCACGCACGGCUUCUCCUCCUUCAAGUUCGUCCCCGGCACCGACGACCAGGUCGUGGUGGCUCUCAAGUCCGAGGAGGACGGCGGCAAGGUCGCCACCUACAUCAUGGCCUUCACUCUGGACGGGCGCUUCCUCCUGCCCGAGACGAAGGUCGGGAGUGUGAAGUACGAAGGGAUAGAGUUUGUUUGACUUUUAAAAGGCCGAGGAAGAGCAAGUUUAAGUGACAUCAGGACUCAGAUUCUAUACAAAGCAGAGGAUGCCCUUUUCUGGUGUGUGUCUGGCUUUUUCUUCCAGGGACUCUGAGGAGGGGUGUGGGGCUCAGAGGCCUCCGCUGCAGGGUCAGCCGGCCUGUGGAGCGGCCCCCCGACGCCCAGCGGAGGGCAGUCUCCAGGGCCCGCAGUCCCGUGCGCUGCCAUCUGGCGGCAGAAGCGGGCAUUGCAGGCACCGCAGUGUGGGGCCCGGCCCCCUAAUUCUCCCGCGCCCUGCCUUCCAUCUGACCUCCCUUUUCUUUCUGUUGUUCUUUUGUUCAAUAAAUGUUUCUUGAGCUCCCAGCCUGUGUGGGCCCUGAGCCCUGGGGGACACGGCGUUGACUCUGAAGUGCACCUUCUUGGGAGCUCCACCCUCCACCUGCCCCGGCCUCCUGCCCGGAAAGGACCUGUGAGCAAGGGCAGGCUCUGCGGACACGUCCCCCAGAAUGUCGCAGGAAAAGUCACUAGCCCUCCUGUGUGUCCCCGAGCCUCACAUCCGACAAUCUCGAUUCCACGUGGCCGGUUCCGUUUCCUCCCUCCAGGAAAACUCUAUGGCUCCAUAGCUCUUUGAAGUUUUAAUUACUCUCAUUAAAGCAGUUUCCUUUCUUGUGAGGGGGAACCACCAAACCUACCGCACGGCCAAGUCCUUCCGUUAGCAGACGCAUUCCCCUCAGUGAGACCUGGGACUUGGCCGCAGCGGGCACAGCGAGUCCCGCACUGAGCCGCGGCCAACGGCAGCAGAGACGAGGGACACCGGCUUCUAGCGGCAGCCUCGUGCCUCUAAAGCUUCCCACGGCGACUUGGAUUUUGUUUCCUGGCCCCAGUGAGCCCCUGGGUGCUGGCACGCCUCCGCCGGAGUGGCCAGGCGGCCGGCCCUGCCCUGCCCCUUCCUCUCCUGGUGGGAGCUUCGCAGCCUCUUCUCCGGGAGCCAGACUCCAGCUUUCCUGCCCCAGUGA